UGCGUUUUUGGGUUUGGGUUCAAGAGCUGAUGCUUCGGUUUUCUGCCUGUGUUAGGUUUAAAAUUUAGUAUUUAAACAACAAGCAAUAUUACAAUCAGUGUAUAAUGUUUGAUUAUUAAGUGUCCGCUUUAUAAAACUACAAAAAUGGUGGUGAAUGCCCCAGAAACUCCGAUACAGGCAGAGUUGAUAUUCGUCAUCGAGGCGACCUCAACAAAUGGGGCAUACAUAAGCGAGUUAAAAACUAAUUAUAUUAUACCUACUCUUGAGUAUUUCCAUGGAGGUGCACUAGAAGAGGGUGGUGGAAAUGGCUCCGUAUAUGGCAUUGUAACAUAUCAGGCGGCGGACAACUUGCUGGCCCUGCCAGUGAACACAUUUGGACCAUUCACAUGCCCACAAACAGCUAUAGAAACUAUUGAUAAGAUACAGUUUAUAGGAGGACAAGCAGAGAGCCGAGCUUGCAUCACCGAGGCCCUGGUUGCAGUUGCUGCAUGUUUCGAGGAGCUCGGACGGACGGAUGUGUCAAGACAUGUCCUACUGCUGUGCUGUUCCCCUCCUUAUUCAGCAUAUGCUGGGGGUUUGGUGCCACCAGGUGUUCCGGGGACCAUAGAGCUGGCAGCCCGGCUCCUAGGUUCCAGUGGGGCUCAACUGUCCAUAGCCGCGGCCCGGAGACUCCCAGCACUCUUGAAGCUGUACGAACAUGCGGGUGGUGACACGCACCAUGCACAACUAAGGAAUUAUGCUAAGGACCCUCGGCACCUAGUAUUACUUCGAGGGUACAGUUUAAAGGAGCGUCCUCCAAGCCCUGCACCGCCGCCCGCACCAGAGGCGCCUCCAGACAUUUAUGGGCAAGGCCGCGGGGCUCCGGCGGCGGCGCCGCGGCCCCAACAGUUCCGCCCGACGGCCGCCGUGCGCCCCAACACGGGCUGGUUGCCCCCGCCACGCAACCCCUUAUACGACAACUCGGCGCUAGUCAGACAGCUAACGCAGCCCUCAUAUCCACCUCCACAGCCCGGUAUCCAACGCAUGCCCGGCAUGAUGGCAGCAGGCCCAUCCAGCGGGCAAGCACCAACUCCACAACGGACUUACAUAUGGAGCGGCGUGCUAGAGUGGAUGGAAAAGGGCAAGAACCCUGGAGACCAGCAGAAGGUUACCAAGCAUCUUCCCUGUCAAGUAUCAGCCAACUCCAAGGACAUAGAGCCAGAGCUGAAGGUGGACACGUGGCCCAACAAGCUCCUGAUGCAGCUGAUGCCAAAACAGCUGAUCAGCAACAUCGGAGGACAGUACCUCAAGGAUAGCAAGUCUGUGCUGUUCCAUCUUCAGCAAAACGAGGCCUUGGAUGCCCUUACUAAAGUCAUGGUCAAUGGAUUUGCCGGCUGCGUCCACUUCUCACCGAUGUCUUCGCCGCCGCAAUGUGACAUCAAAGUGCUGAUUCUACUGUACACGCCCGACAAGAAAGCUUACCUCGGCUUCAUACCUAACAACCAGGCUACGUUCGUCGAUCGGCUACGAAAGGUGAUUCAGCAACAGAAAAUGACGCAGAUCAUCAAACAAAUGCCGCCGGCCGCCAGCUCCGCGCCUAUGCCGGGCGCCAUGCCCACCGCCACCAUGGCGGGUGCAGGCACAAUGCAGCCCACGAUGUCGUCAGCGGCCGGCAUGAGCGGCAUGGGCGGCAUGGGCGCCGGCAUGGCGGCCGGCAUGAGCGGCAUGCAGCCGCUCGGCCCGCAGGCGCCCAGCCCGCAGGGCAUCGUACAGCAGAUGCAUCCACAGGGUAUGAUGGGCAUGGGCGGCAACAUGGGCGGCCAAGUGCCCCAGCAGCAGCAACAAGCGCCCGGCGGCAAGGGCCCCCGCCCCUCGCAGCUGGACGGGCUGGAAGCCGCCCGCCAGCAGAACCUGGAGAAGAUACAACAGCUGCAACAGACUUUAGAGGCGGCGCAUCAACAGGAGGCGCAGUUUAAGAGUCAGUUGUUCGGUCGGCAGAUGGACAUCAUGUCGCACCUGCAAGCAGCUCAACAGCAAGAGCAGCACUACAAGCAGCUUGAGGAGCAACGUAAACACCAGCAGCAACUCCAAUUGCAGCAGCAGCUUCAGCGAGGAACCGGGGCUGUUCCUCGCAUCAUGCGCCCCAUGAUGCCUUCCAACCCUGGCCUCAGGCAUCUACUGCAGCAGCAACAGCAACAGCCCCGCGGCGGGCGCCCGCACAUGUGAACGCGGCCUUACCCACGCCUGCCAACAACCGCAGUACAGGCCGGGCGGCGCGCGCGCAGCCCCGCCGCAGCAGUUCGAUGACGUCAACAACUACAACGACUUUAUUUAGACUCACGCAUUCAGUGCCAACGUUUUCGUAGCGCUACGCUCGUAGCUGAUCCCGGCGUUUUCCCGCUUUGUAGCUGAAAGCGCCUACGAACAGAGAACCCGCCGAGCACUGCCCGGCACUCAAUGUGUUUAAGGGCGGUAAACAAGAAUUUACGAACGAUUGUGAAUUGAAGCCCGAAGCCGAAGCGCUUAAUUAAAACGAGUCCGUAAUUCCUGUACCGCCGGCACACGCAAUGUCAUUUUCAAUUUUCAUCACAAGGGAAAUAAACAAAGUUUCUGCCUAAUUUCGUACGUACAUUACAGCCCUAGGUCAAAAUUUAGGAUUUACGAACCGCAUCGCCUACGUGUAGGUAAUGAACACCUUUUACGAGCAAAUGUGAUGAAAAAUCUUAUUACAACCAAGAAGGAAGGUUUAUAAACUGUCUGGAAAUAAGAAAAGUCCGUUAAAAGCCAGCCAGGGGCCAGGGGUCGGCAAACUUAAAAAGAAGACCCAUCCGUGGUUGAAAAUGUUUAUCAACAUUUUGUAAAACACGUGUAAGAUUAAGAAAAACAUUCAACCUUUAUGUCAACGUAUUUUUUGCCUUCCUGGAAUGGUGGGAGGGAAGAAAUCUGAAUGUAAAUUUUUUGAGAGAUAGAGUAUCGCUAACGUCUGCGUAACUUACUUUCUAUACAUCUCGCACUAAUAAUAUGCCAGUACGAGCGAGAUGCAUAGAAAAUAAGUUAUACACGCACACGCUAGCGAAUAUGUCAAUGUCAAAAUCGUGUUAACGGGUCAAAGCUUACUUGCCACCUACUUAGACGUGGAAAGUGACAAAAACCGUCAUAUCUUCAUAGAAACAGUGACAAAAUAUUUUUUAUCUUGUGCGAUAGUCUGAUAUCAUUUGAAUCCCUCGCUAUGCUCAAGAUUGAAUUCCCCUAACGCGCUAUAAUAUAUGUUAUGUCUGUGGUUUAGUAUAAUAAUGAAGUAAUUGUUUUAUAAUGUAUCUAAAUAUAUGUAUCGUUCUUAGACAAAAGGUACCACACCAGUUGUCAGUAAGGUAGAUUUUUAGGCAAAUAGCGCCCUUAUUGCCAACCUACAAAGUGGUAAAUUUUGUUUGAGAACGACUUUUUAAAAUAGGACAUUGAAUAAAAUACUUUUUAAAUUUAA